AUGCCAGAGUCUACCGAGCCCCGGUUGGCUAGCAUCAAGCCCCGCAUCCGCUACAACACCAUCGGAGGCAUUAACGGACCGCUGGUCGUCCUCGACAAUGUCAAAUUCCCCCGUUUCAACGAAAUUGUCACCUUGACCCUGCCCGAUGGCACGGAGCGCUCCGGUCAAGUGCUGGAGGCCAAGGGAGACCGAGCCGUUGUCCAGGUGUUCGAGGGUACCCCCGGUGUGGAUGUGAAGAAGACCAAAGUCGAGUUCACCGGUCACAGCUUGAAGCUCGGUGUCUCCGAAGACAUGCUGGGUCGUAUCUUCGAUGGUUCGGGACGCCCAAUUGACAAGGGACCCAAGGUUCUCGCAGAGGAGUAUCUGGAUAUCAAUGGCCAGCCCAUUAACCCCUACUCUCGGGUGUACCCCGAGGAGAUGAUUUCCACCGGUAUCUCCGCCAUCGACACUAUGAACUCUAUUGCUCGUGGUCAGAAGAUUCCUAUCUUCUCCGCUGCCGGUCUGCCCCACAACGAAAUCGCUGCGACUAUUGCUCGACAGGCCAGUCUGGUCAAGGCUGCCGGUGGCAAAGACGAGGACUUCAUUAUUGUUUUCGCUGCUAUGGGUGUUAAUAUGGAGACUGCCCGUUUCUUCACUCGCGAGUUCGAGGAGAACGGCAGCAUGGAGCGUACCUGUCUUUUCCUCAACUUGGCCAAUGAUCCUACCAUUGAGCGUAUUAUUACCCCUCGUCUGGCCUUGACUACUGCCGAAUACUUCGCCUAUCAGCUUGAGAAGCACGUUCUCGUCAUCCUGACUGAUCUUUCCGCAUACUGUGACGCUCUUCGUGAGGUCUCCGCUGCCCGUGAAGAAGUUCCCGGUCGUCGUGGUUACCCCGGUUACAUGUACACUGAUUUGUCGACUAUCUACGAGCGUGCUGGUCGUGUUGAGGGCCGUAAUGGUUCCAUCACUCAAAUUCCCAUCUUGACCAUGCCUAACGAUGAUAUCACGCAUCCCAUUCCCGAUCUAACGGGUUAUAUUACCGAGGGUCAAAUCUUCGUCGAUCGUCAACUGUAUAACAAGGGUGUUUUCCCACCAAUUAACGUCCUGCCGUCACUGUCUCGUCUCAUGAAGUCUGCCAUUGGUGAGGGCCGCACGCGUAAGGAUCACUCGGAUGUGUCCAACCAGCUUUACGCCAAGUACGCUAUCGGUCGUGAUGCCGCCGCCAUGAAGGCUGUCGUCGGUGAGGAAGCCCUGUCUGCUGAGGACAAGCUUUCACUGGAGUUCCUCGACAAAUUCGAGCGAUCCUUUAUCAGCCAGUCUGCCUACGAGGCCCGAAGCAUCUUCGAGUCUCUAGACAUCGCCUGGAACUUGCUCCGCAUCUACCCCAAGGAGCUCCUCAACCGUAUCCCCAAGAAGGUCCUCGACGAGUACUACGCGCGUUCCCCUCGCAAGAUUAAGGAUACCCAAAGCGAGCAGCAAAGUAACAACCUCAUCGAAGCAUGA